AUGCUCAACAAACCGUUGGUCGGUUCUUCUUUUAUUUCUUGUUCUGAUUCUAAACCGUUGGUCGGUUCUGAUGAUGAUAUUGUCUUACCUUCUUUUGAUUUUUUGGUGGAUUCAAUUACUGAACCUUCUCCGCCUAUUGUUAAACCUAUUGUUACACCAAAAUCCCGUUUUUCUCCAUUCUUUUACUUAUCUUUUGUUACCAUCAUGUUGUUUUCCUUGAUUUUAAUUGUCGUCUGGCAUCCUUUUUCAAUCUUGGAUUUAAGUCAUUCAGUCCAUCACGUUUUUGUUGCUGAAUCUACUACUUCUGCUGAGGCCAACUUAGUUGUUGGGUCUGAUUCUUUUGACUUUAUCCAUGAUACCGGUGCUACCAGUCACAUUUGCAAUAACAUCUCAUAUUUUUCUUCUCUUCGUCCCACUUCGGCUACCAUUCGUGGUCUUGGUUCUGCUACUGCUGAGGGGGUUGGCGACAUUGUCGUUGAUCUUCUUGGUAAAGAUGACCAGCCUUGUGACCGCGUUGUUCUUCGAGAUGUUUUAUAUGUUCCUAAGAUUCCUCGCAAUUUAUUUGCCGCUCGUCGAGCUACUGCUGGUGGUUGUCGGUUCAUUCAAGACCUUAACCAUAUUUCUGCUGUCGAAAAUGGCAAAACUCGAGUCCACGCCAUUGCCAUGGGUGACUUGUACUUUUUGUCGUUUCGAGUUGUUUUGCCUUCCAAGCCUGUCCAUGAGGUGUUUGCUGUUGAGUCGUCUGCCAAUCUUUGGCACAAGCGACUUGGUCACGCCAGUGUGGACGUUCUCAAGAAAUUAUCUAAGUCACUUUCUGUCAAGCCUACUCAUUUUGAGGUUGUGGAUAGUCAUAAGUGUGACGCUUGCUUGGGUGGCAAAAGCCACAGCAUUGCCAUUUAA